AUGCUUGCGAGUGUAUGCGUCGGCUCUCAUUUCCAGCUCAUCCGGGGGGUUCAGGUGUUCAACAUGACUGGGCUGCCUACAAAUAUGGCUGAAGCUACGUGUUUUUUUUUCUUGCUCUUGUUCUUUUUCUUUUGCAGUUUUCUUUUUGGCACUGGGUUUUUGGGAAGCAAAAUGGUUACUCUUCUCUCAUUAUCUGUUUGGAAUUGGGUUAUGGGCGAAAGGAAUUUGGGGAGCAGGCAAACAUCAAAAGAGUUAUUGGAGUUUGAUCUGAGCCGCAUUUCUACUGUGUUCAUGUUUGCCCUGGUCUGCUUAUGA